UUGGCUUUAGACACAGACAACCCUCCUUGACUUGUCUUGUUUGCCUUUGCCUGCCAGGGUUUGAGGGGUGAGCCAUGGACUGAACAGAACAGGGACCUGCCUCAAAGUGCUGCUCCUUUUCAGGUGGGAGCCUUUAGCUCCGAGUGGUUUCACAGGCUUUCAGAUCAGGGAGCUGGAGAUAUUGACCCGCUGUCAGUGGUGUGUACAGAGCCAAUGCUGCCAACAAAGUAAUGAGGACACGUGUGUGCCUUAGGCACCUGUUGGCCUGGUUAAACACAGACAGAGCUGAGUGCCUCUGCUUUGACAUUACCUAUGGAGCUGGUGGUUCUGGUAGGAAGGUUUAAUAAUUCAUUCCAUAUGUUUCAGUGGCAAUAAAUAGACUAUUUCUGAAAUGGAAAGCAGCUUCAGUAAAGCUUUGAAAGCUGUGCAGGGAGAUUUAAUAGCCCUUUUCUACUUGCCUCUAAAGAAGAUACAAGUCAUGUAUUGUGUGCUUGCAUUUUUCAGAUGGGACAUUGAAGGCUAAACUUCUUUUUCUCGGUAUGAAUGUUGAAAAAAUCCAUGGUACUCUUACAGUUCCCAGUGCUGAAGUCUAUUUCUAUUCAGUGAGGCAAUUAUGUUCUGGCUUGAAUUUCAACUUAUACUGCUUUCCUGGCCUGAAGCCUGUAAGACUGGGCUUUGUCCUCAGGUGUUUGGCACUUCUUUCUUUUCUUCCCUGCUGGCUGAAAUGUGGGCUGAGUUGGUUUUCAACAUCCAUGCAGAAGUAGCUGCAUUUUUUGAUGUGCUUCAUGUGGAGAACCUAAACUGACUGACUGACUUCAUUAAGCAGAGUUCCCGUUCCUCUGAGGCAGCUGAAGAUGAAAAGGACCAGCGUACAGUGACAGUCAAUCCCUCCCACAUGAGAAAGGCUUUCAAGGUCAUGAAUGAAUUACGGAGCAAGCGGCUCCUGUGUGAUGUGGUGAUUGUGGCCGAGACCGUGGAGAUGGAAGCUCACCGGGUGGUGCUGGCAGCCUGCAGCCCUUAUUUUUGUGCCAUGUUUACAGGAGACAUGUCCGAAAGUAAGGCCAAGAAGAUUGAGAUCAAAGACGUGGAUGGGCAGACCCUGAGGAAGCUGAUUGAUUACAUCUACACCGCUGAGAUCGAGGUCACGGAGGAGAACGUGCAGGUUUUGUUGCCAGCUGCCAGUUUAUUGCAACUGAUGGAUGUUAGAAAAAACUGCUGUGACUUCCUGCAGUCCCAGCUGCACCCCACGAACUGCCUGGGCAUCCGCGCCUUCGCCGACGUGCACGCCUGCAGCGAGCUGCUGCAGCAGGCCAACGCCUACGCAGAGCAGCACUUCCCUGAGGUGAUGCUAGGAGAAGAAUUUCUUAGCCUUAGUCUGGACCAGGUUUGCAGUUUAAUAUCAAGUGACAAGCUCACAGUCUCCUCUGAAGAAAAGGUCUUUGAAGCAGUUAUCUCUUGGAUAAAUUAUGAGAAGGAGUCUCGCUUAGAGCACAUGGCUAAGCUGAUGGAGCACGUUCGCCUGCCCCUUUUGCCCAGAGAUUACCUGGUACAGACAGUCGAAGAAGAAGCUUUAAUCAAGAAUAACAACACCUGUAAAGACUUCCUUAUUGAAGCCAUGAAAUACCAUUUGCUUCCUCUGGAUCAAAGACAACUAAUAAAGAAUCCCAGGACAAAGCCAAGGACCCCCGUUAGCUUGCCAAAGGUGAUGAUUGUGGUGGGUGGGCAAGCACCCAAAGCCAUUCGCAGUGUGGAGUGCUAUGAUUUUGAGGAGGAGCGGUGGGAUCAGGUUGCUGAGCUUCCCUCACGGAGAUGCAGAGCAGGCGUGGUGUUCAUGGCUGGCAAUGUGUACGCCGUGGGGGGCUUCAAUGGCUCGCUGCGGGUGCGCACGGUGGACGUGUACGACGGCGCCAAGGACCAGUGGACAUCCAUUGCCAGCAUGCAGGAGCGGCGCAGCACGCUGGGCGCCGCCGUGCUCAACGACCUCCUCUACGCCGUGGGCGGCUUUGAUGGCAGCACUGGUCUGGCAUCAGUUGAGGCCUAUAGCUAUAAAACCAAUGAGUGGUUUUUUGUGGCUCCCAUGAACACAAGAAGAAGCAGUGUUGGAGUUGGAGUUGUGGAGGGGAAGCUGUACGCCGUGGGCGGCUACGACGGCGCGUCGCGGCAGUGCCUGAGCACGGUGGAGCAGUACAACCCCGCCACCAACGAGUGGACCUACGUGGCUGACAUGAGCACGCGGCGCAGCGGGGCAGGUGUUGGUGUGCUCAGUGGGCUGCUCUACGCCACCGGGGGCCACGAUGGGCCCUUGGUGAGGAAGAGUGUGGAAGUCUACGACCCAGGGACAAACACCUGGAAGCAAGUAGCAGACAUGAAUAUGUGUAGAAGAAAUGCAGGUGUGUGUGCUGUGAAUGGUCUCCUCUACGUGGUGGGAGGUGAUGAUGGUUCCUGCAAUUUGGCCUCGGUGGAGUACUACAACCCCAGCACAGACAAGUGGACGUUGUUGCCAACCAGCAUGAGCACAGGGAGGAGUUAUGCAGGUGUGGCUGUGAUUCACAAACCCUUGUGACACACGAUCAAGCCAAUGUGAGGAGCAGAAGUGAAGUGGAUCCACCUAGGUGGUGUUGGGAAGAUGACUGAUCUCUGACUUGACCCAUCUCAUUGCUGUUAAUGUCUUAGCAUGACAAGUGAUACGUUGCAAGCAUCAUCCACUCUGCAGUGGAUUGCAUAGCCAAGUGAAAAUCCCUCUGGGGACAUGUUCCAUGCUAGACACGAGGUGUUGCUUGUUAUCUGUGGUGCAAUCAGCUGUUCUUCUCGAUGGCAUGUGUCCUGAGAUAAACACUGUGCUUGGACUGCAGGCACGGGAUUUUUUGUGUGAAACAAAACUGCUACGUUUGGGCAUGUGAGUAAAAAUUAACGUUUCUGGAUUUCUUCCCUACUGAUGCUCCGUGCACAUUGUUGGUUGAACUACUUACUCACUGUGCCUGGAGGGUGGACUUUAUACUGGCAGGGGAAACUUCUGAGUUCCAGCAGACAAAAACAGCAGAAAUGGACUGGAACAGGGUGGUCUGGCUCGAGUGUGACGCUGUCUCAGCCAUACGUUUGUACAUGCCACUGGACUGCUGUAUGUAUCCCUGAAACGCUUGUGGAAAUAAACACCAUGUGGUUUUUCUACUUGCCAUGAA